AUAAGUUUUAAUGAUCGUCUUCCCUAAACAACACUGAUUAAUUUUAGUAUUUUUUUUUCUCUCGUAUUCUCCUCUCAGACGCAGCCAUGUCUCUGCUCUCAGAUCUCGUCAACCUCAACCUGUCCGACACAACCAAGCAAAUCAUCGCCGAAUACAUAUGGAUCGGUGGAUCUGGAAUGGACAUUAGAAGCAAAGCCAGGACACUCCCAGGACCAGUGACCGAUCCAUCAAAGCUUCCCAAGUGGAACUACGACGGAUCAAGCACCGGUCAGGCCGCCGGAGAUGACAGUGAAGUCAUUCUAUACCCUCAGGCUAUAUUCCGUGAUCCGUUCAGGAGAGGCAACAACAUUCUGGUGAUGUGUGAUGCUUACACGCCGGCCGGUAACCCAAUUCCGACCAACAAGAGGCACAACGCUGCUAAGAUCUUCAGCAACUCAAAAGUUGCCUCUGAGGAGCCUUGGUAUGGGAUUGAGCAAGAAUACACAUUGAUGCAAAAGGGUGUGAACUGGCCCAUUGGUUGGCCUGUGGGUGGCUUCCCUGGCCCACAGGGACCGUACUACUGCGGCGUGGGAGCUGACAAAGCCAUUGGUCGUGACAUUGUGGAUGCACACUACAAAGCCUGUCUUUACGCAGGUAUUAGCAUCUCUGGUGUCAAUGGAGAAGUCAUGCCUGGCCAGUGGGAGUUCCAAGUCGGUCCUGUUGAAGGGAUUAGUGCCGGUGAUCAAGUCUGGAUAGCUAGAUUCCUUCUCGAGAGGAUCACUGAGAUCUCUGGUGUAAACGUCAGCUUCGACCCAAAACCAGUCCCGGGUGAUUGGAACGGAGCGGGAGCGCACUGCAACUACAGUACGAAGACGAUGAGGAACACUGGAGGAUUAGCGGUGAUAAAGAAAGCGAUAGAGAAGCUUCAGGUGAAGCACAAGCAGCACAUUGCUGCUUACGGUGAAGGCAACGAGCGUCGUCUCACGGGCAAGCACGAGACGGCAGAUAUCAACACGUUCUCAUGGGGAGUGGCGAACCGUGGAGCUUCGGUGAGAGUGGGACGUGACACUGAGAAAGAAGGCAAAGGUUACUUCGAGGAUCGUAGGCCAGCUUCUAACAUGGAUCCUUAUGUCGUCACUUCCAUGAUCGCCGAAACCACAAUCCUCGGUUAAGUAAUCAAUACGCAUUUUAAUGUUUAGUUUUUUCCUUAAUUUGCGGAUUUUUGUGCUUGUGGUUGCACUACUAAUAAUUAUUAUCAUGCCCUAGUAGGAUUCACGUGUUUUAUGUUUUUUUUUUUCAUUUCGAAUAAUUAAAUAAGGAAUUCUUAUGGAUGAAAUUUAAACAAAAGAAUGUAUUAUUAGUGAUUUUUUUUGUUGA